UUGAUAUUGUUUAUUAUUUUCUUUUCAGGUGAAAAAUCCUAGAUGAUUUUUAACUCUUUACGACCCUUCCAAAAUUUAUGUUAUAUCUCAGUUUUUCUUGUUUCAUCAUGGAAGAGAAGUUGACGUUGAACUUGAGAAAAUUCCUCGACAAGUUCUUAUGACAGAAGCCCUCCAGCAAUUACGCGCCACCGUUUGAUGACACCGCCUCGGAAGUUCACAUUUGUUAGUUUCGAAGCGUUCAGAAACGAUGCUGAAGCUAUCAUAAUUUCAUCGGCCAUUGGAGUUAACUAUACCAUUACACGAAUCCUUUGACAAUUUAGGUUUAUUUUGUUUAAGUAAUCAACAGGAGUCUUGGACAAAAAUUUAAAUUUUCUGAAGUUUAACGUUAUUGCUUGAUUUACGUAUUACACAAAUACAGACACUGCUGAACUAAAGAUUAAGGAUCAAAAAGGUCUACUUUUAUCACAGCGGAUCUGGUGGUCGCCUGGUAAUACCUGACGCGCCUGCCUCGUUGCUUCAGUUUGUCCACGACGCUCCUGACGCAAGGUUCUUUCCUCCCAGUAGCUACGAGAGCCAGCGAAGCUUGUCGACUCGACUGAGAGUUGAAAAGGCUUCAGGCAACGCAUUGUCAUUCGGAUUUGCUUGCAAACACAAGUUAUUUUCGUUCAAGAUCGCUACUUGAUUAGAUAAAACUUUCUUGGUUUGCGGAAUUUUCGACAGUUUCUUCUUUACCACUCGGUAGAUUUCUGGGAAAUUACAGAACAUUUCGCAAAGCGCGUCGUCAGAAUGUCUUCGCCCACGCUGGAGCAGUUCACACUCAACGCCAUCGAACAUCCUGACCCCAUUCCUGUACGGGUUGAAGGCAAAAUACCUGAGUGGUUGAAGGGCAGCCUUAUCAGGGUGGGUCCAGGCAAGUUUGAGGAAGGCGACUUCAGAUUCAACCACUGGCAGGAUGGCAUGGCAAUUAUGGUCAAGUUCGUUAUCUAUCCUAAUGGAGAGGUGACGUUCCGGCAGCGCUACCUGCAGUCAGACGCGUUCCGCAAGCUGCGGUCGACCAAGCGGCCGGUGUAUACAGAGUUCGGCACGCGGUCCUACCCCGACCCUUCGAAGAACAUAUUCUCCCGCAUGCUCCAGUCUUUCGAUAUGUCAUCAGUCACCGACAACGCCAGCAGCAACGUUCUCGUGCUGAACGGCGAGGUUUUCGUGACGUCAGAAACGUUCUUCUUAAGACGCAUCGAUCCGGCCACUCUAGAGACCAGGGAGAAGAUUGAUUUGCACAAGUUGACGGGAGUGAACUUCAUCUCGUCACACCCCGUGACCGACCACGACGGCACGACCUACAACAUCGGCACCUCGUUCUCCACGGGCCCCAAAUACGUCGUGGUCAGGGUGCCGCCUCUUGCCGAUGGGAAGGGCGCUUGCUCUGACCCGUGGAGUGACGCCCGUGUCCUGACAACCAUCUCGUCUAGCUGGAAGGCCUCGAUGAGUUACGUGCACAGUUUCUCGGUGAGCGACCGCUACCUCGUCUUCGUGGAGCAGCCUUACCUCAUCAGCAUACUUAAGCUCGCCACCAGUCAAGCUAAAGGACGCUCCCUUGCCCAGUGUAUCGACUGGCAUCCUCAAGAACGUAUCCGUUUCAUCGUCCUCAACAAGCACACAGGCGAGGUUUUGUCAACCAAAUAUUAUACGCAGGAAAUAUUCUUCGUCCUCCAUCACGUCAACUGCUACGAGAUAAAGAAUCAACUCGUCGUUGACUUGAUCGCUUAUUCAUCACCGGACAUUAUCAACAAUCUCUACCUAGACAAUAUGAAGACUCAAGGCUACCCGUGCGACGGAGAUUUCGCCAGGUUGAGGAGAUUUGUGCUGCCUAUCGUAAGCGAGAUGGAGAACCUGGAGUGCAACAAAGAGCUGGUCGAAGUUCCCGGAUGCUCGGCAUCAGCCAUCAGGACUUACGAUAAUCAGUUCGGUGACUUCAUCAGUCUGGAGUCACAGGUCAUCGGCCAGGAUGGCAUCGACAUGCCCAUCUUGAACCCUGCCUUCAGGAGUAAACCCUACCGCUACAUGUGGGGCUGUGGAGGCUGGGAACAGGGAUACUUCAAGGGCGCCGUUGGGAAGGUGGACGUGGAGACUGGCGAGUGCUGGAAGUGGCACGCGUCAGCCGACACGAUAUCCACGGAGGCGUUGUUCAUCGCGCACCCCGAGGCCCGCGACGAGGACGACGGGGUGCUGAUCUUCAACACGGUCAGCACGCACCCCGACGAGCGUAACGCUCUCGUCGUGCUCGAUGCCAAGACCAUGCAGCCUUUGGCGCGCGCCGAGAUCGACCAGCAGCUUGGUGGUUCACUCCAUGGAACCUUCCUACCUAAUAAGUUCUGAGGAGUUUUGGACCAUCGAGUAGUUAACAAUUUGAUUGCUAGUUUGUUGAAUUGUGAAUUGAUAUUUUAUAGAUGUCUAAUUCGGAGUUGAAAUGAACUCCAAUUUAUACGCUAAGUGACUUUGUUUCAUUCUUUUAGCGGUUUCGUCGGUCAAGUAGAAGUUUAAAAUUGAAGAGCAGCUAAAUUAUUUUUUAAAGAGUUUUGAUUAAACUUGGCAGCUGACAGCAUAACUGUGAUCUGAGAUCCAUGAUUCAUACCUACAUGCGGAUACAAGAGACUUUGUAUUCUUCAUAUUAAAACAAUGUAUGCGCUGCAUCAAGAUAUUCUCAACUUAUCAAUAUAACUUUAUGGAUCGCUAUAUCGCAUUUAUGUAACUAGCUUUUUUAUGGAUCGUUAACUUUUCGAGCGAUGUUGUAGCUUUGGAGUAGAUAUUUUUUUUGCAGUAGACAUUGUCAUUCAAUUUUAAAAACAUUUUAAUUUUUUCUUUGUUUCCGUUUUGUUAUGUGUACAUGUUAGUUGUACACCAGCGACGUUCCAUACCAGGAAGAAAUAUUUUUUGUUGAAAGUAUUACUGACUUGUCAUGGUUUUGCUGACUGCUCCAUAUAAACGAGAAAAUAAGCUCAGGCCGUCCUUUUAAAUUGGAGUCCAUUGAAGUUAUUGCAUGGUCACACAUGCGUGACCAUGAUAAAAUUAAAAAAAAAAAUAAAAAUUUCGUGGUUACGCAUGGACAUGACUACGAAAUGUGAAAUAGGUGCACGUUACGAGUUCUGCGUGAAACUCACCAGAACUCAAGUCCAUAUCUAAAACUUAAAUAAAAAUGUAAGUAAGCACACAAUAUAGUAAUUUAAUCAGAUUUUUUUAUAAGUAACGUAGCGUUCCCUAUUAGUUAAAUAAAAAUGGUUUAUUUUUUGUAUUUAGUUGAAAUCGUCAGUUUAGUUCCAGUUCAUGUCAAACGUGGACUAAGUUUUUAACUUCAGCAGAGUGAGACGUUUUCUGUGUUCUGUGAUGACGAGGAAAAAAUUUCCAAAAUAUGUAAAUUCGUCACAUUACUUUAUUUUUCAGCAAUACCAACUGUUGUUGAGUGAUCGACGAUUUCAUGGAGCAAGUGAAGAAUUUGAAACGUACCAGAGGUUAUACACCUGUUAACUGUAUUAAGUUUUGAAUUCGUAUUCAUGGAACAUAGGAUUGCUUGACGCGAGGUGAAACUGGACACGCAGUGUAGUGAAGUUCGACGCACAUUGAGGUGAAACUUGACAAGCAGUGAGGUGAAACUGGACGCGUAGUGGGGUGAAGCUUGACGUGAAGUGAAACUGGGCGUGCAGUGAAGUGAAGCUUGGCACGCAGUGGAGUGAAACUGGACAGGCAGUGAGUUGAAGCCUGAAAUGAAAUGAAGCUGCAGGCUGUCGCUGAAGUUUGAUGUCUCGUCGCUACGUAGGGCAUUUGUAGCGUACCACUUCUGUGCUAGUGAAUAAUAUUUAUACCUCGUUAGUUUGCUCUCUCCCCCCACUUAUUACACUUAUUUAAAUAGGUUAUACUUUCGAGUUGCACAAAUUCUUGCAUAUUUCCACUGCAUUCAAAUAAUAAACGAUGAAUGUACCAA